AUGGCUGACAAAGGCAAAAAGGGCAAACCCGGGGCCGCACCAGCCACGGCCCCGGCCCCGGCCACCGCAGCCGCAGCCGCGCCGGGGGCGGCCCCUCCUCUGGGCAAUGAAGUGGGAACGAGGAAGGGGUGUCGCCGUUACAAGUGGGAAUUCAAGGACAGCAAUAGAGAGUUCUGGCUCAUGGGGUACGCUGAGGUCAAGCUCAUUAGCUUGGGCUGCCUAAUAGGUUCACUGAUGAUGUUCAAGGGGACCCCUGUGCACCCCCACCUGACACUCAUCAUCACCAUGGAGUUGUCCAUCCUCAUCUUCUUCAUCAUUAUCUACACCUUCGCCAUCCAGAGAUACACGCCCUUCAUCCUGUGGCCCAUUUCUGACCUUCUCAACGACCUGUUCUCCAGUACUUUCCUCGUGGGGGCCGCCAUCUUUGCCGUGAAAAGUCAGCAAACCAUGCCAAUGCACUACAUUUAUGGCGUGAUCCUUAUCGGUGUGGCUGCACUUUUUGCUUUAAUAGAUGUUUGUCUUCAAAAGAAACACUUCAAAGGCAAGAAGGUCAAAAUGCAUGUGCCGAUUCCUCCAGGAAAGGAUAAAGAGGGCGAAAAGCCAAAGAAAGGAGAAAAACCAGGGGAAGCAGGCAAGGGGAGGGCAGCGGUACCGCCGCAACCACCGUCACCUGCCAAGGGCGGCAAGAAGUGAGGCCGAGGCGCCUGGGGUCGGAAGUGGCCGUGUAUCUUACCG